AAGUUUAAAACAACCUCCGAAAGUUAGAAGUCCCUCUGCUCGGAGGUUCAGCCUUCAGGCAACUUCGCUCUUGCGCAUUCCGUCUAACACCAUGUCCGCCGCCGCCGCCUCGUGCGACGAUGGGAAGCUCCAGUCCUUCCUGCAAUGGCUCCAGGCCAACGGCACCGACCUCCGCGGCUGCACGAUCCGCGCCUGCGACCGCAACAAGGGCUUCGGCGUCUACUCCACCGGCGCCGAGGUUUGCGCCACCGACGGGGUGAUGAUGGUGGUGCCGCUCGACCUCGCCGUCACCCCGAUGCGGGUGCUGCAGGACCCCCUCGUCGGGCCCCGGUGCCGCGCGCUCUUCGAGGAAGGCGGCGUCGACGACCGCCUCCUCGUCAUGCUCUUCCUCAUGGCCGAGCGACUCCGCCCUACCUCCCUCUGGAAACCGUAUUUGGACAUGCUUCCGAGCACCUUCGGGAGCUCCGUUUGGUUCAGCGACGAUGAACUUGCCGAAUUGGAAGGGACGACGCUGCACCGUGCUACUGUCAUGCAGAGGAAGUCACUACAAACAUUAUUCGAUGAUAAGGUGAAAGGUCUGGUCGAGGAGCUUCUACGUGUCGAUGAGUCAGGAAGCUCAAGUGAAGUGCAGUUUGAGGAUUUCCUUUGGGCUAACUCAAUUUUCUGGACUCGAGCGCUGAAUAUCCCAUUGCCUCAUUCUUACGUUUUUCCGGGUUCAGUCAAUGAACAACAGACCAGAACUGGGGAAGUUUUGGGUGAUUCUAGUAUCACUAUCCAACAGGAAACCGACAUUACUGCAAAGAGUAAUAGUGGUGAUGAAAAUUCGGAGUCACGUAACAUGGAGUCAAUUUGGGUAGAGGGCCUUGUGCCAGGAAUCGAUUUCUGUAAUCAUAAUGUAAAGGCUCUGGCGACAUGGGAAGUUGAUUCGGUGGGAGAUACAACAGGAGUUCCUGCUUCAAUGUACCUCAUGCUUGCACAAGCUGGUAACAGCUCUGUUGAGGCUGGGACAGAAAUUCUCAUAAACUAUGGCAACAAAGGAAAUGAGGAGCUCCUGUACCUAUAUGGAUUUGUGGUUGACAAUAAUCCAGAUGAUUAUCUCAUGGUUCAUUAUCCAGUAGAAGCUCUUAGACAGGUCAAAUCUGCUGACAUUAAGAUGAAGCUUAUUGAGAUGCAGAAGGCUGAACUGAGAUGUCUUCUACCUAGAAGUUUGCUUGAUAAUGGAUUUUUUGGUAACAGCACCAAUUCUGUUGAAGCUGAUGAUGACAAGAGAAAUGCUAAUCAUUUUUCUAGUUACAGUUGGAGUGGUCAACGCAAAGUUCCAUCAUAUCUCAAUAAAAUUAUUUUCCCUCAAGAAUUUUUAAGUAGUCUUCGCACGAUUUCCAUGCAAGAAUAUGAGCUUGAACAGGUUGCUUCAUUGCUUGAAGAGGUUGGAUCUAGUGAGGAUAGUGAACUAUCUGAUGCAGAGGUCCGAAGUGCUACAUGGGAGGUCUGCGGUGAUCAUGGAGCACUAGGACUGCUUGUGGAUCUUCUAAAAGUGAAAAUGGCUGAACUUGAAGAAGGUACUGGAACAGAAGCAUCUGAUAGCCAGCUGCUCGACAACUUUGAUUCCACUGAUCCGGAAGACUCCUUGAGUGGAAGCGAUGUGAACAAAACCAAGUCAAAAAUCAACACCCGGUCAUGUAUAGUCUACCGAAGAGGGCAAAAGCAGCUUACAGCGUUGUUCCUUAGGGAGGCAGAACAUCUUCUGGAGCUAUCUUCAGAUGAACAGGCCUAAGAAACUCGUCUGGGGGGACGUCCUGUCGAACAAAAGCUGGAGCGGGAGAAACUGCAGGAGGAGUUCCUUCAGACGAUGGAUCAACUGCCUCAUUAAACGGCGUCAGAAUUCAGAAAAGUACUACCCGACUAUGCCCAUCAGACAGUGGAUUGAUUUUGAUUCUGAUUUCUCUGAUGAACCGUAUCGCUGGUCUGUCUGUUAGUUUUGUAAGCGGGCAUCCCGAGUUCUCCUUGUACGAAGUGCGAUAAUCUUUACAAGUUCUUUACAUGUAUGUGUACCAUUAUUCUCUGAGUUCUACAUACGUUUGUAAACUGCAAAAACAGGUUCGAUAAAAGGUCAUCAGUUUUGGAACA